AAGUAAGAGGAGGGAAAUGGCAGCAAAAUGUCACCUGAGAAUCAAACUGCAGACUUCCUGCUGGGUUCGUUGUGCUGGCCGUGACACACAUACACACUGAAGGUCGUGCAUGUAUGUGCAUGUAGGGGGCGGGGCUUCAAGCUCUAGAUCUAAUUAAUUAUCCAGCAGUCUGACAUCACUGAGAGCCUGUUUACGUCACCCCCGUGACGUCGCCCGGAUUCUGGGGGGCGGGGCUGUCCCUCAAAACAUCCCGCCGCGCGCAGCGGCAGCGCGUGACAGACACCUGGAGGACAGACAGACACCUGGAGGACAGACAGACACCUGGAGGACAGACAGACACCUGGAGGACAGAGGUGAGCAGCGCGCGGAACUUUGCUCUCCGUUUUCUGGCGACAUGUUGGCGCGAGCUGUGCUGUGCGCGGCGCUGCUGUCCGCGCUCUGCCCGGCGGGAAGGACGGAAGCCGAGAGGGACGAGCGGGACGUGCAGGACUAUCACUACUCCAACUCCAACAGACUGGUGAGUUUUCUGAUCACUGCAGCUACUCAACAGCUCGGCGCUCUGCAUGAAGUGCUGGAGAAGCUGCAGACCAAGAGGAUUAAUCCGUGGGAGAAGAAGUACGGACAGGUGCCCUCAUGUGACCUCGGGGAGCACUGUGCCGUCAGGAAAGGAUCUCGGAUCGGGAAGAUGUGCGACUGCCCUCAAGGAGCUUUCUGCAACUUCUUCCUGCUGAAGUGCUUAUGAGCCAAUCAGAUUACACAGCAAGAGUCUAUUUUAACAUGUAUAUUUUCCACAUAUAUAAAUAAAUGUAUAAAUAUAGAUGGAUGUAAAGUAGUGCAGAUGUUUGUCAGCUGUGUUGUAUUAAAGAUGCUUCAUGACGA